CCAUCAACUCCAUUUGUUCUCUCUUCUUUUUCCUCCUCCUCCUCCUUCUCUCUCUCGGUUUUCAUGUUCAUAUGUUCUAUCCGUUCUAGUUCGUAAAAGCUAUUUUCAUUAGGCAGGUUUCAUGGCAAAAGUAAGCGACGCCUCAGCAAUGGACAUUGACGAGAAAAAGUCACAAAAUUCUGAUCAGAUCCAUCCGAAAUUCUCAAUUAAUGUACUACAGCUAUUGAAAUCUGCUCAGAUGCAGCACGGGUUAAGGCACGGGGAUUAUACUCGUUACCGGAGAUAUUGCACAGCGCGAUUGAGGAGGUUGUACAAAUCAUUGAAGUUCACACAUGGUCGUGGUAAAUACGUUAAGAGAGCCAUAACCGAGUCUACCGUUACGGAAGUGAGGUUUCUUCAUCUCAUUCUUUAUACUGCGGAAAGAGCUUGGAGCCAUGCCAUGGAGAAAAGACAAUUGCCUGAUGGGCCAAAUGCACGGCAACACAUCUACUUGAUUGGUAGGUUAAGGAAGGCAGCAAAAUGGGCAACACUUUUCGCACAGUUGUGUGCUAUCAAAGGAGAUUCCAGAACAUCACUGGAAGCUGAGGCAUAUGCCUCAUAUAUGAAAGGAAACCUUUUGUUUGAACAAGAUCAGAACUGGGAUACUGCAUUAAUGAAUUUCAAGAAUGCCAGGGCUGUUUAUGAGGAACUUGGAAAAUAUGGGGACUUAGAAAAUCAAGUUUUGUGUCGUGAACGUGUUGAAGAGCUAGAGCCAAGCAUUCGGUAUUGCCUACAUAAAGUUGGUGAAUCAAAUAUAGCGACUUCUGAGCUACUAGAUAUUGGAAAAAUGGAAGGACAUGCAUUGGACCUUUUCAGAGCUAAGUUAGAGGCUGUUAUGGCUGAGGCAAGAUCACAACAAGCAGCGUCCAUGACAGACUUUCACUGGCUUGGCCAUAGAUUUCCAAUUUCCAAUCCUAAAACUCGAGUAUCCAUUUUGAAAGCUCAAGAGCUGGAGAAAGAUCUUAAUGGUGCAGCAGGAGACUCAUUGCUUGCAGAAAAAAAGCUUGUCAUUUUUGACAAAAUAUUUGCUGCAUAUCAUGAUGCUCGGAGCUGCAUCCGCACUGACUUGGUCACUGCAGGUAAUGCAGAAAAUGUGAAAGAUGACCUGAAUGGUCUUGAUAAGGCUGUUAGUGCAGUCUUGGGUCAGCGCACAAUAGAGCGAAACCAGUUACUGGUUAAAGUUGCUAAAAGUAAAUUUACCAGACAUCGUGAUGACAAAGGUGAAAAAGUCACAAAACCUGAGGAACUUGUUCGCUUAUAUGACCUUUUAAUACAGAAUACAACUGAUCUGUCUGAUUUAGUUAGCUCUGGAAGAGACAGAAAACCAGAAGAAGUGGCAUUUGCUGAAGAAUGUGCACUUAAGGGUUCUGCAUUUCGGGCAGAAAGGUGCUUCUACUUGGCGAAGUCCUACAGUUUGGCUGGAAAGAGGUCCGAGGCAUAUGAAUUAUACUGUCGUGCUCGCUCUCUUGCUGAUAAUACUUUACAAAAACUCCAAACCAUGAACAAUGCUGACAAGGCAUUGGCUCAAGAGUUGAAGAUGUUAUACAACAACUGCAGAUCAAGCAGCUGUAUAGAGCAUGCAGCAGGGAUUAUGGAGGAGGAGAAGACACCAGAAAAGCUUGCCAAAGGAAUUUCUACAAUAUCAUUGACUGAAGCUGUAAAGAAGAGUGAGAAAUUCCUCCUUGAGAACCUUGAUGCUUACGAGUCUGCUGUCAAUGAUCCUAACGUCAAAGGAGUUCCCCGCAUUGAUGUCUUCCCUCCUGCAUUUCAAGCUAUUCCUCGCAAUCCCAUUGUUUUGGACAUUGCCUUCAAUUCAAUUGAAUUCCCAUCCCUCGAAAGCAGGAUGAAGAAAGACAGGAAGGGCUUCAUCAGCAGGUUUUGGGGAUGAAGUACAUACUUUGUUUUGAUGGUUUUUUCUUUGUAUGAAGAAAAUUGAGGAUCUUGAGAACAGGAUGAAGAAAGAAGAGCGUUUCUUAUUAGGAUUUACCUUUGAAAGUUGCAAUGAAGCGUUCAUCCCUGAUGACUUAAAACUUUUGACAAAUUUUCUUGGAAAAGCAUUUAAAUUUAAUUUGUUCCUCAAAACAAAAAAUGACUUCCAUGUACUUUUCACAAAUCUUGUAUUGAAUGGUCAUUCAUAAAAGUGUUUAUUAAUGGGCUUUGUCCUGGCAUUUGAUAUGCCUGCUAAUA